CUAGUAUCAGUCUUUUAUCAAACUUAAAUCAAGAUCCAUUUAUAUUUUUUACCUCGCUAUUGACACAAAUUAUUAGAUCAGUACUAAAAAAAAACAGGUGAGACUAUAAUUGUGAAAUACGUCGAGCAGACAAAUAAAAGAUACAACGAAGGACAUAUACAUUCAAAUCUAAUACGGCAACCAUUAUUUGUGACCAAAAAUGUCGGCAAUAAUGUCGGAAGUAGUAGUUCGACGUCCGAUAUAUAAACAAGAUGACUUAAAUAAAUUCGGUUUAUAUUCAAACCCAAAAAAAAUGCUUAGUACAAAAAUCACAAACUACUUACAAAAAAUUAAACCAACAUCUUAUAUAAAAGAUAUAAUUCCUAUAAUUCGCUGGUUACCAGAAUACCAUUGGAAACAUGAUCUUUUUGGAGACCUCAUUGCUGGAAUUACAGUUGCAGUUAUGCAUAUACCUCAAGGAAUGGCUUAUGCAAUACUUGGAAAUGUACCACCUAUAAUUGGAAUAUAUAUGGCAUUUUUUCCCGUGCUUGUUUACAGUAUAUUUGGAACAUCAAGACAUAAUUCAAUGGGUACUUUUGCUGUUAUUUGUAUGAUGGUGGGAAAGGUAGUAUUAUCGCAUACUUCAACAUUACACGUGGAUAUAAAUAAUUCAACAACAUCAAUCUGGAAUUCUGAUCUUUUCGAAAGAACAUCGAGUAUUUCACAAAUAGAAAUCGCUACUGCAGUGACAUUUAUGGUUGCAAUCAUGCAAUUGGCAAUGUACUUCUUACGCUUAGGUAUCAUAUCUUCACUUUUAUCGGAGGCUCUCAUUAGUGGUUUUACUACGGCUGCUGCAGUUCACGUACUAACAUCUCAAAUAAAGGAUCUAUUUGGACUUAAAUUAUGUAAGCGUAGUGGUGUCUUCAAAGUUCUUCUUAUUUAUUAUGAUAUAUUCACGAAUAUUGAUAAUGUCAAUAUUAUUGCUAUGAUUAUUUCUGGCGUAACAAUUACAAUUAUCAUAUUUAAUAAUAAAGUUUUAAAGCCUCGACUUAGUAAACGUUGCCUUUUCCCUAUGCCGAUAGAGAUGAUUUUAAUAAUAUUUGGUACUAUUAUAUCGAUUUAUUUCAAAUUAGAAAAUGUUUAUAAUAUCAUCACAGUUGGAAAUAUUCCAGUUGGAUUUCCCAAACCAAAAAUACCUCCAAUGGAAUUACUACCAAGUAUUAUUUUAGAUAGUUUUGUGAUUACAAUGGUUUCAUAUACUAUUACAAUGUCAAUGGCUCUUACAUUUGCUCAAAAAUUAAAUUAUGAUGUCAAUUCUAAUCAAGAAUUAAUUGCACUGGGUCUAGGAAAUCUCAUAGGUUCAUUUUUUUCGUGCAUGCCAUUCUGUAGUUCACUUUCUAGAUCAUUAAUCCAGCAGACAGUGGGAGGUCGAACACAAGUAGCAAGUUUGUUUUCCUGUGGAAUCUUACUUUUUGUCCUGUUAUGGAUUGGACCAUGUUUUGAAGCAUUGCCAAGAUGUGUUUUAGCAAGUAUUAUAGUGGUAGCAUUAAAAGGUAUGUUAAUGCAAGUAAAGGAUUUUAUUCGAUUCCUAAGGUUGUCUGAUACAGAUGCAACAAUUUGGAUGGCAACUUUUCUCACUGCCAUUAUUUUCGAUAUUGAGUAUGGUUUGUUGAUCGGAGCUCUCUUAUGUUUAACAAAUUUAUUAGUUCUUUCCUGCCGUCCAUACGUAUGUGGAUUAGCAUUAUUACCUGGUACCGAAUACUAUCUGGAUUUUAGAAGAUUUAAAGGAACUGAAAGAAUACCAGGAUUGAAAAUUUUUCACUAUGCUGGUGGUUUGAAUUUUGUUUCUAGGCAAAAUUUUAAAAAAGAUUUAAGUAAAAUUACUGGUGUUAUACCAUAUAAAGUAUUAUAUCAAGGAGGUAAAAUAAAUGAUAGUCAUCAAUUCGUAGCUACUGAAAAGUUAAAGAUUCUAAUUUUGGACUUUUCCUCAUUGAUACAUAUCGACAUAGCUGGUGUAGAAACUCUUUAUGAAAUUGUUGAUGAUUAUAUAAAAAUUGACGUUUUUGUAUAUAUCGCUGGAUGCUCAGGUCCAGUAUAUGAAAUUAUACAAAAGUACAAUAUAUUAGAAAGCAAACAGGAUGUCUUGACUUUGUUUCCAUCUAUUAAUGAUGCUGUCAAAUUUGCUCAGUACAAGAAUCAUAUUCCGUCCGUUCCAAUUUGGACAACCACACAAAUUCCAAAGGAAGAAAAUUAUACAAGUAGAUUAUUACCAAUAGAUUAUUUCACUAAUCUAAAAUAUAGUAAUAUGGAUUCUGAACACAAUCAACGAAUUAAGAAUAAACGACAAGAGCACAGAAGAUUAACUUAUCAGUAUGGAACAUUCAUUGAAGAACAUAAUAAAAUUUGCAAUAUUUAA